CGACUCUUCUGCAUCUCCUCGUCUCAGCUGCUGGGCCGCCUCUACUACACCGAGCCCAACAGCCCCAACCCCGGCAGCCUGCCGCCCAACGUGUCGGCGGCCGUGAACGGCGUCGCGCUGUGCGGCACACUGGCCGGCCAGCUCUUCUUCGGCUGGCUCGGCGACAAGCUCGGCCGCAAGAGCGUCUACGGCUUCACGCUCAUCCUCAUGGUGCUCUGCUCCAUCGCGUCGGGCCUCUCCUUUGGCCGCACGCCCAAGGGCGUCAUCGCCACGCUCUGCUUCUUCCGCUUCUGGCUGGGCUUCGGCAUCGGCGGCGACUACCCGCUCUCCGCCACCAUCAUGUCCGAGUACGCCAACAAGCGCACCCGCGGCGCCUUCAUCGCCGCCGUGUUCGCCAUGCAAGGGUUCGGCAUCCUCUUCGGCGCCAUCGUGGCGCUCGUGGUGUCCGCCGGCUUCCGGAACUCGUACCCGGCGCCGUCGUACCAGGACAACCCCACGGCGUCGCUCGUCGUCCCCGAGGCCGACUACGUGUGGCGCAUCAUCCUCAUGUUCGGCACCAUCCCGGCGGCGCUCACCUACUACUGGCGGAUGAAGAUGCCGGAGACGGCGCGCUACACGGCGCUCAUCGCGCGCAACGCCAAGCAGGCCGCGGCGGACAUGUCCAAGGUGCUGAACGCGGAGAUCGUCGAGGACGACGCGGACCGCGCCGGGCGCGAGGCCGCCGGCGCCGGCAGCAACAAGUGGGGGCUCUUCUCGGCGCAGUUCGUGCGCCGGCACGGGCUCCACCUCGUGGCCACCACCAGCACGUGGUUCCUGCUCGACAUCGCCUUCUACAGCCAGAACCUGUUCCAGAAGGACAUCUUCUCCAAGGUGGGGUGGAUCCCGCCGGCGAGGACCAUGAACGCCGUCGAGGAGGUGUUCCGCAUCGCGCGCGCGCAGGCCCUCAUCGCGCUCUGCGGCACCAUCCCGGGCUACUGGUUCACCGUCGCCUUCAUCGACAUCAUCGGCCGCUUCGCCAUCCAGCUCAUGGGCUUCUUCAUGAUGACCGUCUUCAUGCUCGGCCUCGCCGUGCCGUACCACCACUGGACGACGCCGGGCAACCACAUCGGCUUCGUCGUCAUGUACGCCUUCACCUUCUUCUUCGCCAACUUCGGGCCCAACAGCACCACCUUCAUCGUGCCCGCCGAGAUCUUCCCGGCGAGGCUGCGGUCCACGUGCCACGGCAUCUCGGCCGCCGCCGGCAAGGCCGGCGCCAUCAUCGGCGCGUUCGGGUUCCUCUACGCCGCGCAGGACCCGCACAAGCCGGAGGACGGGUACUCGCCCGGCAUCGGCAUCCGCAACGCGCUGUUCGUGCUCGCCGGCACCAACUUCCUGGGGAUGAUCAUGACGCUGCUGGUGCCGGAGUCUAAGGGCUUGUCGCUUGAGGAGAUAUCCAAGGAGGCCGUCGACGACGAGGCGGCGGCUUGAUCAGCUAAGAAGACAGUGUAUGCAUGCAACCUUUGGUUAGGUGUUUUGUACUUUGGUCGUUGGUACAUUGUACUUGUUGCACGGGUAUGUGGUAGAUUGUGCUUUGCUGUGUUUAUGACACUUGUCAAUUUGUGAGCUUGUCACAUAGUGAUGCUAAAUGUAAAUUUGAUUUUGAUCUGGCAUUACAUGAUCAGAUUUGUAUUAUCGAAAAUUUUGUUCAGAAGAAACAGUAUAAACUGCUUGUACAUGUGACCGUUUGUAGUAUUCUUACUAUUGGAAUGAAUUUAAGAUUUGUAUUUGAGUGAA